AUGACCUCGAAUAUGGUUGAUAUCAUUGCACCAAUUGUUGCUCCAUUACCUGACCCUCCUGAAGAUCAAUACUUCACAGAAUUGCAAUGGAGUACAUUAAUGGCAAUCAUGGAUACUGUAAUUCCUUCAAUACAUAAAUCUUCGGUCACAAAUGAUCCAUUCAGUCAACUCUCAGUUCCCGAUGAACAGUACAGUGAUGCUGUAGCUCAUAUGCGAACGACAAUCUCAUCGCCACCGUCAACGGAAGCAUUAGAAGCAUACCUCAAUGAAAAGCCGUCCGACAUUCCAGCCUUUCAAGACAUCCUUCUUCGUACUUUAACCAUAUAUGCUCGUGAGGAUGCUCGAAAAGUCCUUGGUUUCAUUCUCACCACUCUCAAUACCCGCCUCGGCUCAUUAAUGCUCACAGGCUACGCCUCGCCCUUACAGUCUCACCCAAUCAACAUCCGUGAAUCAAUCCUUGCUAACUGGCGCAAUUCAUACUUCUUUCCCCUUCGCGCCAUUGCCAAAACAAUGUCUGUGUUAGGUAAACACAUUUGGCUGAAAACAUCACCGAAUUUCGAUCGAGUCACGGGUUUUGCCAAAGUUCCCGAUCAUUAUAAACCGGGUCCUCAUUACGAGUACGAGUUUCUUCAGUUUUCGGCAGGCGAGGAACCGUGGAUUAUUGAGACAGAUGUUGUCAUUGUGGGAAGUGGAUGCGGAGGUGCAGUUUGUGCCAAGAAUUUAGCGGAAGAUGGACAUAAGGUUGUGGUGGUGGAGAAGUCAUAUUAUUAUCCUCCCUCACAAUUACCAAUGUCCGAAGCGACUUCGGGUAUUCACCUGUUCGAAAAUGGAGGGGUGAUUAUGAAUGAUGAUUCCAGCAUGUCGAUUGUGGCGGGAAGUAAUUGGGGAGGUGGAGGAACUAUCAAUUGGAGCGCAAGUUUACAAACACAAGAUUUUGUGAGGAAAGAAUGGGCUGAGGAUAGAGGAUUGAAAUUUUUUGGCUCGACGGAUUUUCAGGACUGUUUGGAUAGAGUUUGUGAGAGAAUGGGUGUUAGUGCGGAACAUGUAAGGCAAAAUCAUGGGAACCAGGUGUUAUUGGAGGGUUCGAGAAAGUUGGGAUUUAAUGCGAAGCCUGUUCCACAGAACACGGGAGGACAUGAACAUUAUUGUGGACAUUGCUCAAAUGGAUGGCCAGUUGUGUCCUGGCUACCAGAUGCCGCGAAGGCUGGUGCGGAGUUUAUUGAAGGAUUUAAAGUCGAUCAUGUUAUUUUUGACGAAUCGGAUGAGAAAAAGGCAGUUGGAGUGAAAGGAGUUUGGACUUCGAGGAAUAGUCAGGGUGGUGUCGAUGGUCCUCUAUCUGAUAAAACAGUUCGAGAAGUCAUUGUCAAGGCGAAGAAAGUUAUCAUCUCGACUGGCACGCUUUGGACUCCUGUUAUAUUGAAAAAUAGUGGUCUCACAAAUCCACAAAUUGGAAGGAACUUGUAUCUUCACCCAGUCAGUAUGGUCGGUGCAGUAUUCCCCGAGGAUGUGAAACCAUGGGAAGGUGGCAUCCUCACAAGCGUAUGCAGCUCUUUCGAAAACCUCGAUUCGCACGGCCAUGGUGUCAAGCUCGAAGCAACCUGUAUGAUGCCAUCCCUCUGCCUUCCCACUCUCAACUACCCAACCGGAUUUGACUAUAAAUUCAAAUCCCUCUUCUACCGCCACAUGAACGUUUUCAUCUCCAUCGCUCGAGACCGCGAUAGUGGGCUUGUAUAUCCCGAUGCCAAGACCGGCCUUCCACGAAUCUCAUAUACCCCGAGCGAUUUUGACAGAGGUCACAUUCUGCAAGGCGUCCUUGCUUUGGCAAAAAUCUGCUACGUAAGCGGCGCAAGAGAAAUACACAUCACGACUCAGGGCAUUGAGCCUUUCAUUCGUACUCCGUCUUCUCUUUCCACCAAUUCAAUUGACUUUUCUUCCGACCCCGCCUUCCAGACUUGGCUCACAACACUCUCUACCAUCAACACAAAGCCUCCAGCCUCCCAAUUUGCAUCUGCGCAUCAAAUGGGUACUUCACGCAUGAGUACACGCCCGGAAAAUGGAGUUGUAGAUCCCAAGGGAAAGGUUUGGGGCGUGGAAAAUUUGUACGUUAGUGAUGCAAGUGUAUUCCCAAGUGCGAGCGGAGUUAAUCCCAUGAUCACGAAUAUGGCGAUUAGUGAUUGGAUUAGUAGGGGCAUUAGUAUGGAAUUAAAUGGGCAAGUUGGCGGAGAGACGGUCGAGGAAAGAGCGAGGUUGUAA